AUGGUGAACCUUCAAUCUUUGACUGUGGCUGCAGCCGGUCUGCUGCUGCUUCCCUCGUCUCAAGCUGCUGGUCUCUAUACCAAGAACUCGGGCGUUCUCAACCUCGAUGCUAGAAGCUACCGUUCUCUGAUCGCCAACUCAAAUCACACUUCUAUCGUCGAGUUCUAUGCUCCAUGGUGUGGUCAUUGUCAGAAUCUCAAGCCCGCCUAUGAAAAGGCUGCCAAAUCUCUCGAUGGCAUUGCCAAAGUCGCUGCUGUCAAUUGCGAUGAAGAAGAAAACAAGGCUUUCUGUGGUAGCAUGGACGUUAAGGGUUUCCCUACCCUGAAGAUUGUCCGUCCUGGAAAGAAGGCCGGAAGACCCACUGUCGAAGACUAUCAAGGUCCCAGAACCGCAAAGGGCAUUGUCGAGUCUGUCAAGGACAAGAUUCCCAGCCAUGUCAAGAGAGUGACAGACAAGGAUCUUGAUGACUGGCUGACCGAGAACAACUCUUCUGCCAAGGCUAUUCUGUUCAGUGAAAAGGGCGUCACCAGUGCUCUCCUCAAGGCUGUCGCCAUUGACUUCUUGGGCUCUAUCUCCGUCGCUCAGAUCAGAAGCAAGGAAGCAACCGCUGUCUCGCUUUUCGGUGUCACUUCGUAUCCCACCCUUGUACUGCUUCCUGGCGGCACUAAGGACCCCGUUGUUUACUCUGGUGAAAUGAACAAGGCCGCUAUUGUCGAGUUCCUGUCUCAGGCUGCUACACCCAACCCUGAUCCCGCUCCUGCUUCCUCCAAGUCAAAGUCAAAGUCAAAGGACGCCAAACAGUCUUCAAAGGCCUCAUCCCAGUUUUCGAAGGCGUCGUCUUCUCACCGCUCCGACGAGUCUGCUAGCGCAAAGGCUUCGCAGACUGCGGAGACUCUGGAAGACAACAGCAAUCCCACUGAGAGCCCCAACCCUCAAGUCAAUACCGAUGACACUCAGAAGCCAAUUCACGUCCCUGAUGUCGCUCCUCAAAUCACUACCCUCGACACUCCUGAGUCCCUGCAGCAGAGUUGUUUGACAUCCAAGUCUGGUGUUUGCAUCUUGCUCCUUGCUCCAUCUGCCUUUAUUCAGACCACAGACUCGCCCGUGUCCAAGGCCGUUAGUGCUCUGUCCGAGAUCCACCACAAGCACACCAAACGUGGCGCCAAGUUAUUCCCCUUUUACAAUGUCCCUGCAUCCGCAUCUUCUGAACUGCGCUCGGCCUUGGGUUUGUCUGAUGACACUCUCGAAAUCGUCGCCGUCAAUGCAAAGAAAGCUUGGGUCAAGCGCUACUCGGGCAUCUCCGAUGUCAGCCACAAUGCCAUUGACGCCUGGGUAGACUCGAUCCGCAUGGGCGAAGGCAAGAAGGAAAAGCUUGCCGAGAGUGUCAUUGUUGAAGCUGCUCAGAAGCAAACCCCGCCUGCUGCAGAGAAGGCUGAGGAAAAGGUUGAUGUUCAGAUGGAGGAACUUACUGAUGAGCAGUAUGAGGCGCUGAUGAAUGCUCACAAGUUGAAGCCUUUGAAGCCUGAGGACGAGGCUGCGCAUGAUGAGCUCUAG